AUGUCUGUCUCUCCGUCGUCCGCAGCAACCGCGCGCUCCCCCAACCUGAACGUCCCCGCAACCCAAGGCACGGCGCCCGUGGUGAAGUUCAGGUGCCUCUUCACGCACGACUUGCGACGGAAAGCGAAGCGAUGGCAGGAUGGCUUUCUCCGAUAUCACACCUUCAACAAGCGGGUCAUGGUUUACGAUAAUACGGGAUAUUUCGUCGGAGAUCUUCAUUGGCGGGCACCGGAGGGAAUCCAGGACGGUGAUGAAUUGGAACUGGACAAGGGUGUGUUGAUACAAGUAUGCGAGCCACUGGAGAAGACGGAAACGGAUAUCUCCUCGCUAUAUCAGAACAAAAGCCAGCCAUCCCCGUCGCGCCCAAAUGAUGCUGCUCCGUCUUCCGUCCGCUCCACUCCGCGGCCAUUGGUCUCCCAGCAGGCUCCGCGUUCAUUGAACGACCUACUCGGUAUUAGGAGGACAUCAGCUCCACAACUACGUUCUCCCUACGAACAACGCAACGCGCAGAGACAAGCCAGUACGCCCCAACUACAUGAACGACCUGUGAAGCGUCAACGUACGUCUCCAGAGCGUAUCAGUCGGCCAGCGGAGAUCGUCGACUUGUCCGACUCACCCCCCAGACGACAAGGUCCAAUCGCAGAGACUCGUCCGGGGCAACCUUCAAACCAACAGGUCACGGCGCCCUUGCCCAACCCACCUUUAUCAAAUCUUUCAUAUACCGCCGCCGAGCCACCUCAACCGCCCCCCAGACGUCAAGGUCCAAUCGCAGAGACUCGCCCCGGGCCUCCUUCAAACCAACAGGCCACGACACCUUUACCUAACCCAACCUUACCGAACCGUUCAUCUACCGCCGGGAAACCCUCUCGACCAGCCGCCGAUCGUCGUACUCCGCAGUCGGGUCCACAGGACCCGAAACCCGUCAAUUCUGGCCCCGAGCCAUCUGUCAACACGCUUCGACUAGCUGUCAGCAAACCGCGCAAGAAGCUGAUGUACCAAGAGCCGACAGUUCCUGUCCAGAGGUCUCUGCCGCGAAAGCAGCUUUCUCGAUCAAUAUCCCAGUCAGUAUGUACUACACUACAGGUCAAUUUCCGCGACUGA